AUGCAUUCAUGUCACUUAUUGACGUUUCCAAAAGAUGAUCAUAUAGUCGAAUCUAUAGAUACCAUAAUCAAAAAUUGGUUAGCUGAUUUGCCAGAAAACGCGGUUGCCAACUGGGUGAUUGAAAAUCACGACAAUUUGAGGACGUCAUCGAAAUUUGGCGCUCUAACAGUACCAAUGUUUACUGCGUUGAAGUUAGCUCUUCCUGGUGUUGAUGUAACAUAUUAUGGUAGUGAAAUUGGAGUGGAGGACAACAUGUAUUUGAGACCGGAACAAAUAACUGAUGAUAAUCUUGCAGGUGGUCCGAGAAUAUCGAGACCUAGAGAUUAUCAAAGGUGCCCGAUGCAAUGGGACGACUCGAUUAAUGCAGGUUUCACCGAAGAGAAAAAGUCAUGGUUACCAGUAAAUCCAAAUUAUUACAAGAUGAACGUCGAAACACAGAAAAAAAUUCCAACCAGUAACUAUAAUUUUUACAAAAAAAUGUCUCAACUUCGAAAAACUAAUACGUUAAAAAACGGUGAUCUUCAGACGUAUAAUAUUACCCAAUCGAUAUACAUUUUAAAGAGGUCACUAUUGAAACACGAAUCAUACAUAGUCGUAACGAACUUUGGCAGUGAGACUGAAACGGUCAUCUUGUCCAAUGUCAUACGAGAUAUCAAAGAUGAACUAUUCGUAUAUUUAGGAAGUGAAAAUUCUGCGUACAGCACCGGAAGUAAAGUAUCUACCGUUUCAACUGGGUAUCCAUUACAACUGCGACCACAGUCAGUAGUCGUAUUAACAGAUAAAUAUAUUGAACCUGAAUUGCCAAGUAAUAAAGCUAGUGGUUGUACAGAAUCGAGUUCGAAAUUUAUUAGUUUUAUUUGUGUUUUUGUACUUUCAAGAUGGUUUUUAUAAAUUUGUCUGAUACACCUACCUAAUUGUUGUAAUAUAGUGAAUUUUAAUAUACAUUUUUUAAAGAAC